CAAAAUCAUGGCACAGUGUCUGAACAGUUCCUGUCACUCUGGGGUCCACAACAACUGGAAAGUUUUGAAAUCAGGGCUUUCUGCAGAUACAGCUUUGGGGCAUAGGACAUUGAAUCAUACUGGCUUGUCAGGUCACCCUAAAAUCCUUUUGCUGCUAGAAAUUAAUAAAUCUAGCUGCUCAUUGCAACACUAUUCACAAUAGUUGAUAUGUGGGAACAACUUAAAUGUCCACUGACAACGAAUGGAUACAGAAAAUGUAAAAAAAAAAAAAAAGAAAAUGUGGUAAAGGCACAGAGUGGAAUAGAAUUCAGCCUUAAAAGCAGAAGGAACUUCCACAAUGAGUGAAAACAUGUGUGAACCUUGACAAUAUUACAGUAAAUAAAAUAAGCCUAUCACAGAAAGACAAAUACUGUGUGAUUCCACUUAUAUGACAUUUCCCAGAUAGUUAAACUCUCAGAAUCAAAGAAUGGAACAGUGAUUGCCAAGGGCUGGAGGGAAAGAGAAAUGGAAAAUUACUAAUCAACCAGCAUAAAGUUUAAAUAAGAAAGAUGAGGCAUCGGGGCUACAUGGCGCGUGAAUGCGUGAAGCUUCAUCAGGGCGCCCAUUGUGGGUGGGAACCAAUCAUGAGGCAGGACCAGGGUGGGUUUGCGCAGGCGCUCUGCUGAGUUGCAGGUCUCACUACAGGGCCCGUAUCUGUGGAGACUGUUCAGUCUUUCCCGCCGCGGAGGGAGAGGCAGAGCGUUCAAGAUGGAGUCCGAGGCAAACGAUGGAGGAGUCACGAGGGCAGCCGAUGAAGACGCAGUUGCCGAGGCCUCUGCAGCGGGCACAGCAGGUGGUGGUCAAGGCGUUCUGGGUGGCGCUGGUGGCCGCAGUGGCCCUGGUGACCCGGAUGUCCCUGGUGACGCCGUCAGUCGAGGAGUCCCUGGCGGCUCCGGUGACCACGCUAAUCCCAGAGGACCCAGUGCUGCCGGAGAGUCAGGUGGUGCAGCCGGUGCCAUUCCACAGAUCCUAGGGGCACCCCACGCACCAGGGCCUGCUGGAGACGCUGCACCUGGAGCCGGAGUUCUGAGUAACCGAGCCCUCCAGUUCAGCCUCACUGUGCCUUUCGCAUCGCACGAGGAGGCAGACGUCGCCCGCCACUUCCUGACUCCACGUACUCAACUGCGAGGGCCGAUUCGGAAGGAGCUUGAUGUUAAUGGCCGCAUGCUGGUUCUACUUGCUGGCUUUGCUGAUGCAAGCCGCCACGGGGCAGACGCCCACGUGGCCAGCAGCUGA